UAGAAAAAAAAAAAAAAUCUGGUUGCCAUGAAUUUCAGCUAGCCAGCCACCGAACACUGUCGGUACACUUGAGUAAAAACAUCCAUGUCAAGACACAAGAAGGAUUUUCGAAGUCUUGUGCUGCUUCUGUGUACAUAUAGGGGCACACCAGCCUCCCAGCCGACCCACUGUGAAUCGAUCCAGCUGGCUCAGUGACUAGACUAGAAGACCUUGGCACCAUUGUGUGCCACUUCAUUUCAAGACCCAGGGAUUUCUGAAUCCAGAAGAUGAACGGUCUGUCCAUACGAGAGCUAUGCUGCCUGUUCUGCUGCCCCCCUUGCCCCAGUCGCAUUGCAGCCAAACUGGCUUUCCUCCCUCCAGAGCCCACCUAUGCCCUUCUCCCUGACCCAGAUCCAGGUUCUGGAGCUGGAACUGCAUCUGGGUCCAGCUCUGCAGCUGCUCUGCCAUCUCUUGGAGCCCCAGGGCUGCGUUCCCGGCUGGGCACUGGUAGUGGAGGUGACAGAGGAGGUGGAGGAGGUGGAGGUGGUGGAGGAGGUGGCGGUGGGGGUGGAGGUGGAGGGGGUGGCGUUGGGGGUGAAAGCAGGUGGAAGCUGCAUCUCACAGAGAGAGCAGAGUUCCAGUAUUCACAAAGAGAGCUGGAUGUGACAGAUGUCUUCCUGACCAGGUCUAGCCGAGGGAACAGGGUUGGGUGCAUGUACAUUCGCUGUGCCCCCAGUGCCAGGUUUACAGUGUUGUUUUCCCAUGGUAAUGCAGUAGACCUGGGCCAGAUGAGCAGCUUCUACAUUGGCUUAGGCACACGCAUCAACUGCAACAUCUUCUCCUAUGAUUACUCAGGCUACGGUGUUAGCACUGGCAAGCCCUCUGAGAAGAACCUUUAUGCUGACAUUGAUGCCGCCUGGCAUGCCCUGCGGUCCCGGUAUGGCAUCAGCCCAGAGAAUAUCAUCCUGUACGGACAGAGCAUCGGCACAGUUCCCACAGUAGACCUGGCAUCACGGUUUGAAUGUGCUGCUGUGGUCCUCCACUCUCCUCUCACCUCUGGUAUGAGAGUGGCCUUCCCCGACACCAAGAAAACAUACUGCUUUGAUGCCUUUCCUAACAUCGAGAAGGUGUCAAAGAUCCCGUCUCCAGUGCUCAUCAUCCACGGUACAGAGGACGAGGUGAUCGACUUCUCUCAUGGCCUUGCCCUGUUUGAGCGCUGUCCCAAGGCUGUGGAGCCCCUCUGGGUGGAGGGAGCUGGUCACAACGACAUUGAGCUUUACAGUCAGUACCUGGAGAGGCUACGCCGCUUCAUAAACCAGGACCUGGCUGCACAGCAUGCCUGAGAAACAAACAACAGCCUCUCUGCAUUUGUAUGAAUGAGACUUUGUGUGUGUGUGUGUGUGAGAGAAUGGGACUGAUAUAGAUUGAGGUUGUCAGCAUGUUUGCAAAGUAUGGAUGAGAUAUAGACCUAAAAAGGAUGUGUGAUUUUUGCCACAUCUGUGUGUCUUUGAAGCAGCACACCUUAAGGUAAAUUUUUCAACACAACCUAUCUUCUCUUUCCUGUUUUAAAAGUGAGAGUCUUUUUUAAUCUAUCAUUAGCUGUAUCCAUCUGUAAGGUGGAGUGUGAUGAAAAUGCUAAAAACAAGAACAGAGAUGAAACAAAUGCAGUUUUUAAUGUGGGAAAAAUUGUGAAUUGCAGCUUUAAAAUGUGUUUACUCACAUGAAUUAAGAAGGAAUAACAAUGUGCUUUGUCAAAAAAGGCACACAGAUGAAGUGUUACAUGUUAGUGAAUGUAUGAAUCAUGGAUGUGUAUGUUCAUAUCUCCAUGGACCUGUGACACCUGAAUUGUGUGAGAGUGUGAGCGAGCGAGGCAGUGCUGAAAGAAAUUAAGAUUCUGAUAACUUGGACAGCUGCAAGUGGAGGAGACUUAUGGAGACUUAUUAAUAUUGUUUUUUUGCCAGUGUAUGUAUGAAGAAUACCUCCACAGCUUGAUCAGUUCUCUCUCCAGACAAACACUGGUCAAGCAUGUGCCCCCACAAACCCCCCUCCUCCGUCUCCUCCACUCCCUGUUUACUGUUAAUGGACAUCCACUUGACUGCCAGGGCAUUUCCCAGGUUAUUGUCCAGCUAACACUAACCUUCUCUUUUUGUGUGGUUUGGGGGUCCAUCUUCUUUCCUUUGGUGUCAGUUACGGCAAAUAUACAAGGACUAGUCUGGACUAUUCUCUUAGCUGGCUGUUGGAUGUCUCAGACUUUCCUUCAUUUCUGACUCUUUGCAAGGAUCACAGGAUGGCCAGCUUCCAUUUAAUUUCCUGGCUGUGCGGUAGCUUUAGCCUUUUACUGUCCACAGAAUUGCAGCAGCAACUUGCAGGGAAUUCUUUUGAUUUCCCUGUAUUGCAUUUUCCCACCCAGUCCUACAUAUUCUGAACAAGAAUGAUGGUGUGGUUGAAAUGGAAACAGGUCUUUGAGAGCCACACUGAUAUCGCUGGUAAUGUGGAUGUUACUUAGGCAUUAGUGAAACUGCCAUGGAAGGGAAGGUUUACUGAGUAAUUUUCGUGUCACAUUAGAUCAGUUUGCUCUAAACAGAAGGCUGUAGCCCUUCAGUGUUCACUGAUAUGUGACGUUUAAAGUCUGGCAUUGGCUUGACAUUUUGGGAAAUGCAAUUACUGGUGUUUUUGUGAAGAGUUAGAUGAGAGGAUUUGUACCACUCUCACCCAGGAUGUGACUGUGCACAUAACCUGCCAUAAAAACACAGAGGUGCUGGUAGGCAUGGUAGGCUGGUAUUUUGUUACCUUUGGAUACAAACCACGCUAACUUUCCCCCCUGUUUUCAGUCUUAAUGUUAAGCUAAGCUAACUGGCUACUGGCUGUGGCUUCUUAUUUACCAUACAGUUUUUACCAAUCUUCUCAUCUAACCCUGUACAAGAAAGCGAAUAAACAUGUUUCCUAAAUGUCAAACUAUUCCUUUAAGUUUGAAGCGUGGUUUUCAAAGAUGUCUGUGAAUAAUUUGUAGAAUAAUUUGGUGAACAGACCCUUUUAAAGCUUGAUGUUCUGGCUGGAUUUGGAGGCUUUAAAGGAAUAACGACACAGAGUAGCUGCUCACUUCACCAAACUAAUGAGGAUUAUGUCCGUUCAGAAUAAUCAUGCUUCAUCAGAAUCAUACUGAUUAACUUGUAGUCUUAAAGCACAGUUUGUUUUCCAAAUCUUGUUCCAGAAACACUCAUCAGAGUUAGACAGCCUCCUGUUCAUAUUCACCCUCAGCACAUUUUCUUCUAAUGUUUAUGUCUUGUUGUAAUUAAUCCGAAUGUGUUUGUUGUAGUGUAGGGCCAUGGACUGUUUGUUUCAGGACCAUGUGUGUUGAUGUUAUGACUAACAAUGUGAUUCAGAUUGGGUGCCAGGAGGGGACAUCAUGUCUACUAUAGCUCUGUAUUAACCUCUGUGGCCCUAAAUGUAAGAGCUCUCUUAUGGGUGGCAGCACGUUUCAUGUCUGAAACAAGCCAUAUUUGAGCCUCUCACUGUUGGUGUGGUGCAGGUUCCACCACACACACCUUUGCACAUCAUUACACACAGACACACACACAUUCAAACACAACAUGCGUACACACGUGAUACACGUACUGUAGUAUACAGUAUAUUUACACAUUUAUAUAUAUAUCAGAUCAAGCAUGACGAAAGCAGGUCUUAAGUUCAGCACUAUUGUACAAAGCAUCCAAAGUGUAAUAAGGGUAUAAAAUGUAAGUUUGUGUGUCUUCUUCAUUAUUGUUGACUGUCUUCUACAGGCCAGCAUUAAGGAUACUAGCAUCCUGUUUGAGUAAGUACUAAUAGACCCUGUGUGUAGACCUGAAAAAGUACAAGAAUUGGUUUUAUAGUAGCAGGUUAGCACCCCAUUUCAGAUCUACACAGGGCGUCUGCUGCACAGGAGACCCGUAAGUUUCAGUGAUAGUAGCUGCGUAUUGAUAAGGGAACAUGUACUGAACGAGCACUGAUCUGAUUACUCCAUUUUGGGAGUACAAGUGGGUCUUAGUAAGCGGUGGAAAGGUUACCAAACACCACUUACUUGGUAUCAUCAUUUCGAACAGGGAAUUUUUCCAUUCUCAUCCUGUGCUUUGUGUCUCUGAUAUGUAAAUAACGGAAAUCUGUUACCAUCUUGAACCAGGGAUCUGAGCUGUCAAAAGAAUUAGAGAGAGUUAUCGCAUUUCGCCGAAAAUAGAAGUACGCCUCAGUUUUUCCUGGACAGGUCAUAUUAUCAGGGAAACCACUGGAUCCACUUUUCAUUCAUUGGGUUUUGUUCAAGAAAUGGGGUGGAAAUUUGUCAUUUUAUUGAUGCACCACUAUGGUUGACGUACAUUGUAUCCUCUGGCCCUGAAUGUUUAUUGAUGGGGGUGGGGGGAUGGAACAGUGAAAACUGUAUGCAUGUCUAUUGUGUUUUGCCAAGCAAAUGAUGGGGUGGAGCGUUAUUAUCUAUUCUGUGUGAGGAUAAAGCAGAACUCAUGGCAUUGGAAAAUUGAAGCGUUUUUAAAAAAAACAAAAACAAAACGGGAUGGUUAUUUGAAUUUUUUUUAUUGCUGAUACUAACUGAUGUAUUGUUAUGAGUUUUGUGCUAGAGUUUGAG